CCGGGCGUUACGUAUUUGUGGAGCGUAUAUUUCGAAAUUUACGCAUUUUUACACCGAUUGUGUUAGUUGCGCCCCUUAUCUUGUACAAAAACAGCCAAAAGCCAACGGUUACCGAAAAGAGUAUGGCAUUUUCUUUACCGAUAAGAGUGAAAAAUUAGUAAUCGGUGGGAAGUAUAUAAAUAACCAGUAAUCCCCUUGAUUUAUAUAUAUUUUAUAUUUAUAGUUGUAUAUUUUAUAUUUAUAGUUGUAUAUUUUAUAUUUAUAGUUCAAACAAGUCUGUUCUUUAUAUCACCAAUGACUAAAACACAUUCAAAUAAACCAAUUAGUUUAAUCCAUAACUAUAAAACCAAAUCAGGUAAACCAAUUACUCUUGGUACUGGUACUGGUACAAAAUGGCAAUGGCUUAAAAAGGGUAGACCAGAUGAUGAACAAGAUACUUUACAUCAAGAUUUAGUAGAUCAAUUGAUAUUAGCUUUAGAAAAUGGUUAUAAUCAUAUUGAUACUGCAGAAGUAUAUACUACUCAUUCUGAAGUAGCUGCUGCUGUUAAACAAAGUGGUAUUCCAAGAGAAGAUUUAUGGAUUACAACUAAAUAUAAUCCUGGAUUUAGAACUUUUGUUGCUCGAUCUAAAACUCCAACAGAAUUUAUUGAUAAUGCUUUAAAGGAAUUAGAAACUGAUUAUGUAGAUUUAUUUCUUAUUCAUUCACCAUUCUUUGGAGAAGUUAUUUCUCAUGGUCAAACAAUUGAAAGUGCUUGGAAAGAAUUAAUUGCUGCUAAAAAGGCUGGAAAAGUUCGUGAAAUUGGAGUAUCUAAUUUUGCUGUAGCACAUAUUGAAAAGGCAAUUAAAUCUUCUGAAUCAAAGGAAUAUUGGCCAAAAGUUAAUCAAAUUGAAUUCCAUCCAUAUUUACAAAAUCAAUCUAAAAAUAUUAUUGAUUUUAGUAAAGAAAAUGAUAUUUUAAUUGAAGCUUAUGGUCCAUUGACUCCAUUAUUCAGAAUAAAGAAAGAUGGGGUUGAAAUUGAUGAUCAUCCAUUAAAACCUUUAUUGGCUAAAUUAUCAGAAAAGUAUGGAAAGACUGAUUCUCAAAUCUUAUUAAGAUAUACUUUACAAAAGGGAAUUCUUCCAAUCACAACAUCUUCAAAAGUUGAAAGAAUAAAACAAUCAUUAGAUAUUUAUGAUUUUGCCAUUUCAAACGAAGACUUUGAUGAAAUUGAAACAAUCGGUAACUCUUACCCAUUUAGAGGAUUCUUUGAUGAAGAAUUUAAGGAUUUUGAUUAAAAAAUUUUUAUAGUGUAGUAUUAUAUGCGGUAAAGUUGAAUUAAUAUAGAAUAAAUAAAUAAAUUUAUUAUGCUAU